GGGUUUGAUGAUUGCAGCAGGUGUCACUGCCUACGGUCCAGAUGAGCAUCCGGCUGCCGUUUGCAGUCUCUCAAACCCAAAGCUUGUUUGACACGUGGAAAGCUUGCAGUUUAUUAAAGGACUAAAAAUCGCUUCUUUUUUACCGAAACAGCUGGGCUGCGGCGCACGUAAACGAAGGAAAGACUCAAAGGAAGAAGGGGGGGUCUGCAUGUAAUAUGAGCGGAAAGGGCGUCACUUCGGCGCAGAAGGCAGCGGGGAUGAGUUUACAAGCGAACGAGAAGCGAGAAGAGCGCCGCGUGGGAGCGGAGCAGGCAGCACCGGUGCGAGACCCCGAAACGGGGAUGUGAUCGCCUCUUCUUGCCGGCGGGGACGUGUCUGCAGUGAUCAUCUGAUAAAGACCAAGCGAUGGGAUGAAAAUGCGACGACACAGGCUGUUUCUGCUCUGCACAGUGGGCCUGUGCGUCGUCUCUUUCCUGCACUACUACAAGGCCCUGCACUAUGUCUCUGUGCUGCGGGAACUCUCCGCUCCCUACCCCAACAUCAAGUCAUUCAUAAUGGUCAGCGGCCUCUUCUGGAAAGCCCGGCCCUUUCCCCUGACCAGCACUCAGCCCAGUGAGUCAUUCAAUAUGGACGUCCAGAGAAGUAUGGAGGUAGAGGAGCUGUUUGGGAGUCUCCACCAGCGUAUUGUCAAGCUUCAAGACGACACGGCGUCAUACUUUGUGCGCACCAAAGCAGGAGCCCUGUGCUUCCGAGAGGGGACUGAAACAGCUGCUCCGAAGGAGGACCAAAUGGUGUCGAGCCAGCGGAGGAUGUUACAGCACCAGGAACAGGAGCCGACAUUCCCAGGCAAAGCCAAGCGGGGCAAGCGGCUCGUCAAGUGUGUGUGUCGCCAUGGGUGGCACGGCCCUUACUGUGGCGUCCCCACGAUGGUGUACCACUCCAGUUUGCCCACAAAAGACAGGCUGACGCCCAGGGAGGUCCCUCGGCGAAUCAUCAACGCCAUCAACAUCAACCACGAGUUCGACCUGCUACAUGUCCGUUUCCACGAGCUAGCCCAAGCGGUGGACCUCUUCCUGGUGUGCGAGUCCAACUUCACGGCUUACGGUGAGGGGCGGCCUCUGCAGUUUUUGCACCUUCUCCUGAAUGGGACCUAUGAUUACGUACGACAUAAGAUCCUCUACAUCUUCCUGGACCACUUCCCGCAAGGUGGGCGGCAGGACGGCUGGAUUGCUGACGACUACUUGCGCACCUUCUUGACCCGCAAUGGGAUGUCCCGGGUCAGGGGACUGAGGCCGGAUGAUGUCUUCAUCAUCAAUGAUGCAGACGAGAUCCCCGCACAAGAGGGCAUCCUCUUCCUCAAGCUCUUUGAUGGCUGGACAGAGCCCUUCGCCUUCCACAUGCGAAAGUCUCUCUACGGCUUCUUCUGGAAGCAGCUGGGCUCGCUGGAGGUGCUGUCCGGGUGCACGGUGCGAAUGCUCGGCGCGGUCUACGAGGGUGAUGGCAUCAAGCUGAGGCGGCGGGACUAUUACACCAUGCCGGAGUUCCGCAAGUAUGAGAAUGAGACUGGUCACAUUCUGGUCCAGUGGUCCAUCGGGAGCCCGGUCCACUUUGCUGGCUGGCACUGUUCAUGGUGUUUUACACCAGAGGGCAUCCUCCAUAAGCUCGUCUCAGCCCAGAAUGGAGACUUCCCUCGCUGGGGGGACUUCGAGGACAAGCGGGACCUAAACUACAUCCGGGAGCUGAUCCGUACCGGGGGCUGGUUCGACGGCAGUGUUCAGGAAUAUCCGCCUUCUGACGCCAAGGAGCCCAUGUAUGCUCCAAAAUACCUGCUGGAAAACUAUGACCGCUAUCGCUAUAUGCUGGAGAACCCAUAUGCCAAAAAGGGAGCACUGACUGAACGAGCAGGCACAGACCCCCAGAGGGAGACUCCAUGGAUGGCCUCCCAAGAUGCAUUGCUGUCUGCCCGGUCAGCCGAGGCUGCAGCUCCUCAUGCACGUGGCAGAGAAUGACAGACGGCUCACAAGCUCACGGCUGCAGUUAAUGCAGUGUAGUGCCCUGAGAUCACACUGAAUGUCUGCGGAAGGUUGUAAUCGGCCCAGUAUACACUGCUGCCGCCUCGAGUGUCAGAGGGGCGCGCAGUGGAAGAGCCCGUCACAGGACUCCCAGUGAAGUUACACAGUGUGCUGCUCAUCUACGCAGUUUCCACUUGAAAUCCAAACAGCCCUGUGCAGGAGGGCACGGCGCCCAGCUUGCCACUGCGAUGGCAGCAGGCUGUGCCUUCAUCGCCAAGGCUGGGCACAGCCGGGGUUUCAGGGACACACCACUGUCGUAAAUUGGGAAUAUUUUUUUUUUUUUUUUUUUUUUUUAUGAAAAGGGAUUGUAGUAAGAAAAAAGUUUGUGCAAAAAGAUGAAAUUGCUUGUAAAUAAAUGCACAUAAUUACCUGGGACCAAUAUACAGUUAUCGCUGGUUUUUUAAAUUCUUGCCAAAGAAUCGUCAGUGUGAGGCGGAUUCAUCCGCUUUGAGCCGAGGGCCGUGCUCUCUGCAAUCAAGCGUGAAUUCUCAAGCUUUGUUUCUUUAUUUUUCUUUGUUUUUACCACAGAUUGAUCAGUGUGUUUACGGCUCCUUUGUCACCUAAAAUAUUGCGUUACAACAUACUCCUAUCGCACAAUGUAUUUUUAAAAGUUUGGUACAUAAAUCAACCUGUGGGUGAUUAACAUGAUACCAAUUAACCAUUCAGUUGUCACACCCCUGAGUAAUAAAUGCACCUUAAACAGUGUAAUUAGUAGAGGAAAAGCAACAUCUACUCUCUUAAAUACACAAUACGUUAGUCGCCAUUGUCUGCCACUGCAAACUCGACGUUGGGACUUCAAAGUUGUUUACGCCCAUUAUUGUUUAAUACUCUUGUCACUGAUUUUUAUCUGUUUUUUUUUCCCUGGUUACCGUUGUAUGUGUAUCUGAGUGUCCAAUUACGCAGAUUGAUUCAUAUGAAAAAAUCCAGGUGCCACAAAAGCAAAUAUUUGCUUGGAUGGCUUUACUUACUCUUUUUAUUUUUUCUUAUGAACAAAUUUCUGAAAAAAAAUCAAAAAGAUAUUUAGGAGGAACGUGGUUCUUGCAACUAAUUGUAUACAGAUUUCUUGUGUAUUGUCUUUUUUGAGGGGGUCAGUUUUUUUUUUUUGGUAUGGUGAUGCGAUUUUGUUCUUGAUAUAAUUUAUUGUUGAAGCGUGCCUGGGUUUUCAAAGAGGAAAAAAUCAAAUAUGUAACAUGAGAAGUCAAGCAGAAAACACACAAGGUUAACAAGACCGUCCCGACUGACCACAUUCCACUCCUGUGUAUUAUGUGUCUCACGUUCAGCCAUAAAUAACCACCGGAUCUUAACGUCCUUCACUGUCUCGCCAAAAGUGUCCAUCAGCAUCAGUCUGCUUGUUAGAUGCCAUUGUCAUGGUGUUGAUUUAGCAAAUAAUUGAUUAUAGUGACUUGUACUAAUAAUGUCUUAACCCACAAUGGAACGUGGAAUUUGGAAACUUUGGAAUUUAAGAUCCUAGCAGCCUCUCCUUGUGAAGAGGAUCUCGGGGUUUCGCUUACAGAAGAUGAGCCCUUUGCUGCCGUGUUGUAAAUGCUUGACCUUACAGCAGAGAGUGACCUGGUGCCUUUGCAGAGUUCUUGCCAGAAUUCAGUCUCAGAAACAGCUGUUUGUCCAAAGGCAGGAUUUAUACAUAGUUUUGAUCCUGUUAGUUUCACGAGUGUAUUAUUAUGUAACAAAGGCAGUUUACACACCUUGUGGAUCAUUGACCAGCAGCUACAGCAAUGGGUGACACUGAGACACAAUGACAUAAAAUUAAAGACAGUGACCGAUUCAAUAACAAACACUGUUACAGUGACACAGGCCAACAGGAUUAAUGCACUGAUGUACACAGACCGUUAUGUACAGUGUCAUGGUGACACAGACUGACAGGAACAAUGCACUGAUGUACACUAACAAUGAUGUACACUGUCACAGUUCUAUAGGCUGACAGAUGUAAUUACAAACGCUUCUACGGUGACCCAGACUGACAGGAACGAUGCACUGCUGUACACUGGCAAUGUUGUACAUUGUCAGAGUCAUGCAGACCAACAAGAACAAUGCACUGAUGUACACUGACUGCAAUUUACACUGCACACUGUCGCCAUGACAUAGACUGAAAGGCUUAAUUACAAACACUGUUACAGUGAUGUACACAGUCAGUGAUAUAGACCAACAGAUGUAAUAAAUAAAACUACAGUGACAGACCAACAGGAACGAUGCACUGAUCUACACUGACAGUGAUUUACACUGUCACAGUGACGUAGACUGAGUUAUACAAACAGUUAUAGUGAUGUAGACUGAGAGCUGUGAUUACACAUGCUGCCACUAUAGAGGGAUGAUCAUGUCAGCAGCCUGGAAUACAAAGGGGUGUGUGGCUGUCCCAGUGUGCACUUGGUAGAGGAGCAAAGUGCUCUAUGAAAAUACACCCUUUAACAAACAGCGAAGCAGAGCAUAUACACUUUCCAAUUACAUGCACGAUUUGUUGCCAGGUCUGCCAAACCCAUUUUCAAGGAUGGUUACUCCCUGUAUGAAGAGUGCUUGGGCUCCCCAGUCAAACUUUGGCUGACUUGGUAACAAAGGAGUUAACACUCAAUCCAGCACCCUGUUGGGUGUGCCGGCCUACUCAAGCAAUUGGUUUCAUGUCUCAUAAUGCGAGAUGUAAAGUUGCACCCACUUCAGAUGAUUUGCAGACAACAUGGCUGUGCAUCUGUGUUUGCAAAAAGUACAUCUGCAACUCAUGAACAGAUUUAGACUUGUUUUAUGAUGAGUAUCCAGAGACUGAUUUUGUUCUAAAGUCUGCUUACGCCAGCCCCUGGGCAAUGAGUUUAAUUACCCUGCUCUAGGGUGUUGUUUUGCAUCUGUUAUAUUGUGGCUUGUACCCACUAGCAUCAAUGCUGCACUCCAGCUGUACUUCAAAGAUGGCUUUAAGGGAGUCGUUGCUCCGUUAUGUAUUGCUGUGCCUCAGAAACCCUUCUAUGACUCACCCAGGGUGGAAGCGGGAAUGAGAGCCCGUCAGCCAGUCAUAGUGAGCUCCACACUUCAGCCUGAAAUGGUUCGGCUGACUCUCGUGGCGUCAUGAGUCCCUCGUGAUUCUUCAGCCGUGUCUGGGUCACUGAAAAUACAACUGAGGUUGGUUAGACCAAGAGCUUAUGGCUCAAACGUUACCCUCUUAAAACUGAGCCAAACAAACCAACAUAAGCACAUGGAGACUGAUCAUCCGGCAUCCUACAGGGGGUCAGUCAUCCUUCUCUUACUCUGUUUGACUUCCGGAGUCCAACUUGUGAAAACUGUACAAUGGUACCAAAUUUCCUGGUAUAUUUUGACCAAAGGAACCUAAAUAAAGGGGGGAGCCUGUGCCAGGAUUUUAUAAUGGGGUCAAAACAACUCCAGCAGUCGCAUGGUAAAGGAGAAAAAAGAGAAAUACUUUUUCAUUUCUAUAAUUUUUUAACACAGAAUGGGUAAAAUUGUCCUGUGCUGCAUCAGUGUCCAGUUUCUAAUCACUGAGUUCAAGCAAAAAACCUGUUUUCCAGGACCAGCUGUGUGUUAACCUUGAUAAUAAUGAUUUGCAGAAAAUAUAUGUAAUAAAUUAACAUUUUUUCACAGUA